AUGUUUGAAUCAAUCGUCGCGACGUUGCUCAAUCGUCUUUUGGGGGCAUACAUCGAGAAUUUCGACUCCAAGCAGUUGAACAUAGGCAUCUGGAGCGGAGACGUGCGACUUAAGAACUUGAAGCUCAAGAAGGAAUCGCUUGACAAGUUCAAGUUGCCCUUGGAUGUGAAAUUUGGCCACUUGGGUGAGCUUACGCUCCAGAUCCCCUGGUCUAACUUGAAAGGUAAACCCGUUAAAGUAAUCGUAGAAGAUGUAUAUCUUUUGGCCGCGCCCAUAAUUUUGACCGAGUACGAUGCCGACGACGACGAGCGCCGUGAACAGCAGCUCAAACAAGACCGGUUGCGUGACUUGGAGGCUGUUCAAAGCACCUUGAACUCCAAUCCAGGUCUCGCGCUGGAUCUUUCCGGAAACGAGAGCUUCACCGAAUCCUUGAUCACGAAGAUCGUCGACAAUGUCCAGGUGACCAUCAAAAACAUCCAUAUUAGAUACGAGGACGAGGGCGUCCUCACUGAGAACCCCUAUGCCGUAGGUGCCACCUUGCUGGAGCUCUCGGCGCUGUCCACGGACGAGAACUGGGAACCAAGCUUCAUUGCAAUCACACAGAGCUUCACUCGUAAAUUGCUUCUUUUGAAAGAGUUUGCCUUGUACAUGGAGUCCGACGCUUCGUCCAUCUACACCAGUGACCACGUGGAGCUCUUGCAGAGACUUCAGUGCUGUUUCCUGAAUCACGAUGGUUCCUACGAGUACCUCUUGAAGCCCGUUUCAGGAGAGGGCCACCUUGUAGUGCAUAAGGCUGGAGCCACCAGCUCACACCCUCACAUCCGUGCUGAAUUGUUUUUCGACGAAUUUGGUAUUGACUUCAACAGCCUCCAAUAUAGAGACAUCUUGUGGACAGCGCUGAAACUUCAGUGGUACGAAAAAACGUGGAAGUUCCGCAAGCUCCGCCCGAAGAAGCUGGUUGAGGAAGCCCCUCGUGAAUGGUUUGUCUACGCCGCAAAGCUGGUUCUCAACGAAAUCCACACUAAAAAUUACAAGUGGAGCUGGGAAUACUUCAAAACCCGCCGUGACCAGAGAAAACUGUACAUCGACCUUUGGAAGCAAAAGCUUGUUAAGGGCUACUUGUUGCCAGAGCAAGAAAUUGAGUUUGAGAACCUCGAAAAGAUUUUGUCUUACGAAGAUAUCAAGUUCUACCGCUCGCUCACACGACUGGAAAUCAGACUGCAAAAUCUCGUCACAAAGCAAGAGCAAGCCUCUGCACAGGCUCAAGCAUCCAAGGGAUGGUUUUCAUGGUGGUCAGGCGCUCCUGCUCAAGUCGAGGAGCACCCAGACCAGGCUCCCGCGGAUGAGGGUGGCCUCAAUCUUACUCUCACUGAUGAGCAGAGACAAGCUUUGUAUGAAACAAUUGAUUACGACGAAAACCAGACUUCGGAGGCUGCGAUCAAUGUGCCCAAGGAUAGAGUUCUCACCGAAGUCUUUGUCAAUUUGAAGAAGGCAGGCUUUUCCUUGAGAGCCAAUAAGAACUCGUCAUCGUUGGCAGAAUUGACCGCCGAGGGAUGCAGAACCCAAUUCUAUCAAAGGUCUGACUCCUUCUUAGCCAACUUCCAACUAGAAGAGUUCAAAAUCGAAGACGGAACACCCAAACCACUAUACAAACACAUCGUCAGUGUGAAACAGGCACACACACAUGGAGCAGCUAGCAUCACUUCUGGUGAUAGCGAUCUUGAACAAAAUGAACCAUUUUUCCGCUUCUCGUUCGAGAACAAUCCACUCGAUGGAAGCGCAGACUCUAAGCUAUUGGCAGAGUUGAAGUCGAUGACUAUUUUCUACAACUACAUCUUCGCUGACGAAGUGAUGAAGUUCUUCCGUCCACCCAAAAUGCAUCUAGACACUGUUGGCGCAAUCAUGAAUGCCGCAGAGGCUACCAUGGAAGGAUUAACAGCCCAAACUAGAAUCGGACUACAGUAUGCUUUAGAGGAACACAAGACCAUUAACGUAAAAUUGGACUUGCAGGCACCAUUGAUCAUUGUUCCUCUUGAUCCCACCAACUGGAAAUCACCGGUUGCUAUCCUUGAUGCUGGUCACAUUAACGUUCACAGCGACUUAGUUGACAAGCUGACAAUUGAGGAGAUAAAAUCUAAAGAGAGUUACACACUGCAGGAUUGGGAAAGACUCAAUACUUUGAUGUACGACCAGUUCAACUUACAUCUCCAAGAUGCCCAAUUUCUUGUCGGUCCAUCGAUCAAGACCACAAUGGAACAGUUGCACACGAAAAACCCAGACCUGUCUGCCGUGGUUCUUGACGACUUGGACAUAAAGCUUUCGCUUGGAGUCUCGAUUCUUCCAGAAUCCGUGAGUCUCGCUCGCUUUAAAGUUAACGGAGAAGUCCCUGACAUCCACGUUUCCCUUAAUGACUUCCAAUACAAGACCAUCAUGCAGCUCCUUGAUGUUGUUAUCCCCGCAAGCGAGGGCAGUGAAUCAGAGGAGUCGACCGUUUUUCAUACAUUUGGUGACAAUUCUGCCAACAAAGAAAUAGAGCAUAGUGAUACCGAGUCGGCCUCAUCGAUUACGUAUCAAGGAACCACACAGCGCAUGAUGGAGGCAAACUUUACCGUGACUCGGAUUUUCUUAUCUUUUUCACGUUGCUUAGAUGCAACAAGCUUGAAAACUGAGCAUAUUGUCGAUAUCGUCGGUGAUUCUUUGGCAUUUUUGUUCUACCGUACCGAGCUCAACAUGCAUGUUGAUUUAUCGCUUCAGGACAUCAAUGUCGUAGAUCAUAUAGAACGCUCUGGAAUUCCAGAAUUCGAGAAGCUCGUAUCCUCUAAUAACUUUUUGAAAGAAGACGGUGUCGUCAGAAAGAAUGAGGAGUUGUUCAAAGUCAAGUAUGACAGAAAACUGCGCAUUGUUGAAUUCAAGGGCAAAGAUAUCGAAGUCUUCGACCAAGAUGUCGACCUAGAGAUGUCUGCUUUGAAGUUUGUUCUCUCGCGGAAAUCAUUUCUUAGCAUAUUGAAUUUUGUUUUGAACACAUUUACUGAUCCAAAUGCUGAAGCUACCCCAGCAGACGAGAUAAAGCAUGAUGUUGAUGACUCAGCUUCUCCUCAAAAGAUCAACGUCUCGGUCAAUUUGGACAGUAUCUUGGUUGUGUUAAACGAAGAUGGUAUCAAAUUAGCCACUCUUCAGCUCAGCACUGCACUGAUCACAGUGUUUUUGCUCCCCGAAGAGAUGGAUGUACGAGGUAAACUCGGUGCUUUGUCUCUUUUUGAUGACUCGAAUCAAGGUUCUCCCCGUGACUCUGUAUUCCGUAGCUUGAUGAGCAUCGAGGGUGAUAAUUUGGCUGAAUUUACCUACAAAACGUACGACCCAGCUACCAACUCUGAGUUGUAUCAAAGUUCGAUCGACUUUGUGACAGCUGCUACCAACAUCAAUUUCGUUGAGGAUGCCUUCUUCAAAAUUUUCUCGUUCUUGAGUAAGUUCCAGAGAAUGAAGGCAAUCUAUGAUAGCGCUAGAGAAGCAGCUAUCAACCAGGCCACACAGAUCGAAACUGCAAACCAGAUCAAGAUGAAUUUCUUAGUCAAAGCUCCUAUCAUUCAUUUCCCAAGAUUAGUCGACCCAGAGUCGGAUGAACUGUGUGAUGAUUUAGUGGUGGAGCUUGGAGACAUGUAUCUCACGAACGAGUUCAAAAAAGAGAAAGAAGUCUUACACAAUGUUAUCUCCAGUGGCAUCAAGAAUGUCAAUGUGGCCUCCAAACUAAAUUUUGAUGACAACGUUGUUCAGGAGGGCAAGAUUAUCAAUCACUUAGAUAUCAAUUUCGAGAUUGAUUACGUAGAGGAAAUGGUUCCAGAUGUGACGACUUGCAAAGUUAAAGGUACAAUGCCUGAAGUUGAUAUGGAAUUGACCGAAAUGCAAUUGCGGUACAUUUACAAUCUCCAAAACCUGAUCACAUCGGUCAUGAACUUUGACGACGACAAUGAUCUGUUGGAUGACAUUGAAGAAGAUGCCGAGAAUGCCAAUGCCGCCAUGAAGUCUCACAACAAAACUAACAAUGGCCCCAGAUCGCAGCGGUCAGCCAGUAUUCUGGAGAUUGCCAGGCAAAUUACAAGCCGUAAAGAAGACGAGAGUGACUCGUUGGUCGAGAUUUAUCCAAAGCACAAGAAAUUCGAGGUAAGCUUCGAGAUUCCACGUAUAUCCAUGACUCUUUACAAUAACACUUGUGGAAUUAGUGACUACAACAGCAAAAAAUUGACUACUCUCGCUGCAAACAAAUUGCUCUUGGACUUCACAAUGACUGAAGACACCCAUUUCAACUCUCAACUUUCUGUCUUCUCUUUCGAUCUUAAAGAUGCUCGAGAUGGUACAGCCAAUUGCUUCACAGAGAUUAUUCCUCAAGUUCUCUCCGGAAAAGAUCAAUUGCUGGUCCAAUUUUCUAGCUCUGGCGAAGGAUCAAGUCGAAGCAACUUAGCCAUUUUAGGCGUGGAAGAGCCACAAACUGUUUUGGCUUUGGACUUCAUUUUUGAAUUGCAAGCCUUCGUGAACAAGGGUCUUGAUCUUGAUGUACCCAUGAGCGUUGAACCAAACGACCAAAAACAGGAUUUAGAGGAGUCUGAUAGCGACGAAAGCCUGACUAUUAGCGAGACCAAGACAGAAAACGUCCCAAUGGCAAUUUCUUUGAAUGUUUUGAAGCCAUCCAUUAUACUCUUGGCCGAUUCUACCAAACCAGAUACCGAAGCAUUGGUCUUCAAAGUCGAAGAAGUACUGCUUUCCAGCCAGAACAUUAUCUCACUUGCUAUCAACAAGGUCGGAAUGUUUGUUGUGACAAUGGACAAGUUCGAGGACCAACGCAUGCGAAUCAUUGACGAUUUUUCGAUUUCGUUUGCUCUUGAUGGCCGUGGGUCGACAGCACAGGAGCUUCUCACUAGCAUACAGUUGUCUGUCGAUCCUUUGCUUUUACGUAUCUCAUUCAGAGAUAUCCGAUUGGCAAUGAAAAUACUUGAUAGAGCCAACGCCUACUACGAAAAAUUACAGAAUGGUUCGAAGGUCGCGAUAGAAAGUGGGGCACAAGAUCCUGCCCCUCAUGGAUUCACCGACGAAUUUAAACGGAGAUUAUCUGCUUAUGCGCCCAGCUCGAUUUCGAGCUUCGUGUCCCAGAAGACUGCCAGUAAAUCAGUGAAGAAAAUUCAAGACCCACAGAUUCUAGUCAAGGCCGAGGAGCUUGAAGCAUCUUUUGGUGGAGCUCGCUUGGUAUUGAUUGGUGAUGUCUAUGAGUUGCCAGUUGUAGACGUGGGCGUGAAGCCAUUUGAGGCCAAAGUUCAAAAUUGGUCAACAGAGCUUAACGCGGAAGUCCAUUUCGAAUCGUAUGUUAACAUUUAUAACUACGCCAAAUCCGUUUGGGAGCCUCUUUUGGAGCCAUGGCCAGUGGCAGUGUACGCGUCCAAGACAACUACACCUAAACCAAGCAUGAUGGUAGAGGUAGUAUCUCGUGAAUUGGCCCAGUUCACUUUCUCCUCGCGUUCCAUUGCCCUUCUCUCUCAGAUCUCAGAGUCCUUGAGUAGAGAAAGCACCUCUAAGGCGCGCGAAGAAAUUACGCCAUAUAUCAUUAAAAACGAGACAGGAUAUGACAUCGAAGUUUGGAUUGACAGAAAUGAUGGUAGCAAGGACAAGCAAAAGGUAGUGUCGAACAACGGCUCCAUCAAUUGGGAAUUCGAAGACUGGCGCACGAUUCGUGAGAACUUGGAUACCCGGAACGAUCAAGACUAUUUGGGGAUCCGCCUUGUUGGCUCAAAUUACGCCAAUCUAGAGCGCGUGGUGGCGAGCGGCGAAGGAGAAGAGAUUUACAUGCUUGAGCCUCCGAUCGAUGGCAUUCACAACCGUCUUGUAUGUGAAAUUACUCUCAGAAGUGACAACAUUAAGGUUAUCUGUAUCCGCUCGACCGUUACAAUUCUCAACAAUGCAGAAAGUGCUAUUGCUGUCGAGCUUGUCAAAAAUGAGCAAUCGAUCGCUGACGCAGAAUUUACUAUUGAGCCAGGUCAGAGAAGAGCCUUGCCAAUCGAUAUGGUCUAUCGAGACACAUUCAAGAUUAAACCUUCCAUGCGCACACAAUUCAAUUGGUCAACGGAAAAUUUUGAUUGGAGAAGACUUAUGAAGAGUGGUCUUGCUCUUAGUUGUUCCACAAUUGGUGAAGGAGAGCUGUCCUACUACUACUUCCAGGCUGAGGCUCACUAUGACAAAUCUGAACCUUUAACAACGGUGUAUCCCCACUUGGAGGUAGUCAUUUCUGCCCCAAUCGAGAUUGAGAACUUGUUACCAUACGAUCUCGAUUUCAGAUUGUAUGACAAAACAGCCAAGAAAGAUUGGAGCGGAAGCAUUUCAAAGGGACAAAACACUUUUGUGCAAGUAGCUACAUUGAAGAGUCUCUUGCUUUUGAGUGUGGAGCCAAAAACUCCAGGCUUCGGAAAGUCAGAAUUCGCAAUUAUCAACGCUCCAAAAGAGAGCAAUUUCCAAAAAGAGGGAUACACGAAUGUCAAACAUCAAGAUGGCCAAGUUGUGGAACUCAAAAUCACAUACCCAACUCAUAAAUCACUGAAGACGAGUAUCAAGGUCGUUAUUUCUUCACCCUACCUUGUGCUCAAUCGUACUGGACAAAACCUCGUCAUUUGUGACCGCGCCAAGCCGAACUCAUCGAUUACAGUUGGUGCAAAUGAUGCUGAAAGCAACAAGCCUCACAUGUUCUCCUUCAUUGAUUCAAGCAACACUCACAGUCGUGCGUUGGCUCGUGUUGGUGGUCUGGCUUGGUCAAGCCCCAUAAGUUUUGAUGCGAUCGGUAAAUUCACAGGCAUGAGUGCCGCUCUUGCGCUGAACCGCCAUCAUGAGAUGAAUUUUGGUGUCUCAGUCGCUGAGGGCGAGGGCAAAUACAAACUUACUCGUGUUGUCACCUUUGCCCCUCGCUAUAUUAUUCGUAAUAACCUCUCAGAGGCAAUCAUUGUUGCAGAGAGUGGAAGCACUAAGCAACAGGAGCUCGCUUCAAAUGAGUCUCUUCCGCUUUAUGAUUUGAGAGUGGGCGCUGCAAAGGCUGCAAUCAUCAAGUUUGCUCAUGAGGGCCGGUCGUGGUCUUCCCCAUUUGCAAUUGAUGAUAUUGGCCAAGUCUUUGUCAAGAUUCAGAAAGAAAACUCCGGUCAAGUUCUCGUUAAGGUCAAUAUUGCAACAGAAGGCGCAACUAUAUUUAUCCAGAUUAUGGAUGCCAACAGUGAGUGGCCUUAUCUGAUCAAGAAUUACACCGAGACUGACUUCUACAUCUACCAAUCGAACCCCAAUGUUAACGCAAACAAUGAAGUGAUCAAAAAUGAUGUUGACUACAAACCAAUCUACUAUAAGGUUCCUGCGAAAAGUGUUAUGCCUUACGCGUAUGAUUAUCCUAAUGCUGUAAUUAAAAGCAUGGUGGUUCGCUCUCGUGGACGUGAGCGGGUCGUGAACUUGGCAGAAAUAGGAAACCUCCGGCCCUUCCGUCUUCCAGCUAACCAGGACCAGGAACAAGUCAUUGUGGAUCUCAAUGUGUGUGUAGACGGGCCAACCCAAUCUUUAGUGAUCACAAAGUAUGAUCCUGCCUUGAGCUUGUACAAGUUGCAAGAUGAGACAACGUCCAACAACAAUGUCUCGCAAACUCAGUUUGCCUCUGUCGAGCAGGAUGACAAUUAUCACACCAAGAUCGUCACCAGGCUUGAAGGUUUGGGCAUUUCUCUUAUCAAUGCUAGAUUCCAAGAGCUCUGUUAUGCUUCGUUCCGUGGUGUUGAAGUGAGGUACAACGAGUCAGAAUUGUAUCAAAAUUUGAGCAUGAAACUCAAAUGGAUUCAGCUCGAUAACCAACUAUAUGGUGGUAUUUUCCCGAUCAUCAUAUACCCAACUGUUGUUCCAAAAUCAGGUAAAGAAAUGAACAGCCACCCAUCAUUCAGUGCGUCUGUCUGCCGUGUCAAGGAUGACACUCACGGUGUCUUGUUUAUCAAGUAUGCAACUUUGUUGUUGCAGGAGAUGUCCAUUGAGGUGGAUGAGGACUUCUUGUUUGCACUCAUCGAUUUUGCAAAGUUCCCUGGUGCAAGCUGGAACGUGGAAACAGAGGACAAACUUUGUGACGAUUCUUUGACAAUUCCAGAGCCCCUCAGUUCAUAUGAAACGAGUGACAUUUACUUUGAAGCUCUCCAUUUGCAACCAACCUUGGUAAAUCUUUCCUUUGUUAGAACUGAACGUGUGAAUGCUGAGGACCGUCCAACGCUGCAGCAGAAUCCUCUCAUGUUCUUUGUUAACAUGCUUACGAUGGCCAUCGGCAAUAUUAAUGAAGCUCCUUUGACUUUGAACGCUUUGUUCAUUGAGAAUAUCCGUGUGCCACUCCCCAUACUUCUAGAGUCAAUUCAGACUCAUUAUGGCCAAUCAUUCAUCUAUCAAUUGCACAAGAUUCUUGGCUCUGCUGACUUCUUGGGUAACCCAGUUGGAUUGUUUAACAACAUUUCCUCUGGUGUUCUUGACAUAUUCUAUGAGCCAUACAAUGGUCUUGUGAUGAAUGAUCGUCCCCAAGAAAUUGGUAUUGGUCUCGCGAAAGGUGGUCUUAGUUUCGUGAAGAAAUCUGUCUUUGGUUUCUCUGACUCGUUCGCAAAAGUGACAGGCUCUUUGGCUAAGGGUCUUGCGGUUGCCACUAUGGACAAACAGUUCCAAGAAAGGAGGAGACUCAACCAGCGCAGAAACCGACCAAAGCAUGCAUUGUAUGGUUUCAAGAGUGGCGCUGAUUCAUUCUUCGAUUCUAUUUCAUCUGGUGUUACAGGAAUUGCUUCCGCACCCAUCGAAGGUGCUGCCAAAGACGGAGCAGGAGGAUUCUUUAAGGGUCUUGGUAAGGGUUUUAUUGGACUUCCUACAAAGACCGCAAUUGGUUUCUUCGAUCUUGCUAGCAAUGUCAGUGAAGGUAUCAGAAACACAACUACAGUCUUUGACACGGAUGGUCUUGAGAAAGUACGUCUUCCUAGAACAAUCGCCUAUGAUCAUGUCAUAAGAUCCUUUUCUUCCAGAGAAGCACAGGGUCAGUUCUGGCUCAAGUCUCUUGAUGGUGGAAAGUUCUUAGAUCAAACAUAUUUGGCACACCUUGUUCUUCCAGGAGAAGAAAAAGCGGUUCUUGUGACGUUCGAAUUUAUUCUUUUGUUCCAAAUCAAUUCGAUGGAAAUUUCAUGGACUGUCACUUUUGACAGGGUGAAGACUAUUUCCUUGGAGUCUACUGGUCUCAGCAUUAUUUUGAAGCGCACCGAGGGUCCUUUCAUUCCAAUUCCAGAGAAGAAGAGCAAAAUGUUCCUCUAUGAGAAGAUACGCAUUGCUGUCGAUCAAUACAAUAAGCACUGCCAGGUAGCGCUUUAA